AUGGACCCAAUGAAUAGAAGUCCUGCUCUGAAUCCAUCCUCUACCCCCUUCUUUCCCGGUGGAUUGCUGGCCAACGAGGAGGAGGGCAGGAGAUCCGGCCUCGGAUUCAGGAUGCAGUCGAACAGAGAACAGCACUACAGCACCUCAUCCUCCCUCUCCAUCUCGCCGUCCGACUAUCGCUCCAUUCGGUCCUCUCCCAGUCCGUUCCCGGAUGAGCGCGAGCGCAAGGCAGACUCUGCGCAACAACAGUACAACGUGCCGACUGAGGAGACGCGUAAUUCACCCGCGGGUGGGAACCUGGAGACGGAUAGGACGUUUACUGUGACUCUGAACGAGAGGCGAGUGUCGCGAAGCAUGUCUGGCAACUCGGAUGGUACGCAGGAGGAGGGGUUGACACCAGGGCCGACAUCAUCAAACGGGCAGCUUUCGGCAGGCUCGUCCUUCUACACCAGCUUCCUCGGACGCGGGCGGGAUCGUCUCAACACACCACCUGUGUUAGUCGAGAGCGGCCCGCCCAAGGCCACUCCGUUCGUGCCGUUCGUGGCUUCGUCUUCGCCGGCUUCCUCUCUUGACUCCGGAAGCCACUUCGCGUCGAGCGCCGAUCUAUCGACCAGUUUUGAUGCGCAGCUCAGGGCGUCGCCCUUCAUGUCUGAGAUGCUGGACCGCCUCUUACGCUACGAAUACACGACGCGCGAGAUACAGCGGGAUUUGACGGAUGUGCAUCGGAAGGUCGAGUUGCUGGUCGAACGGACAACAACCCAAAAUGGCACGCCCGAGUUUGGCAACCCGUUCGCCCCCAAUGCCAAUGGUCCACAGACUCUCUUCUCAUCCGGGAACGGACCUCGCGCAUCGAUGAGCACGAACAUCGCUCCGAACCAGAACCCGCCGUCGGACGAUAUCACGCAAAUCUCGAGCCGCCUCAACACGUUGACUACGUCCGUCGGUCAACUGUUGGCGCUCCAGACGCAGCAAAUGCAGGUCGUAACCUCUGGUCUCGGUGUCAACUCCGGUCUUCCGAACCCAAUGCUUGGCGCAGGAUUACCGCAAGGAGACCUGAGUUCCAACCAGGCGAACGCGCCUCUUAUGCAAACGAACUCGGUGCUAGGUAAUGGAUUGCCGAAUCGUCCGGAUAUACGGGGCAAUGGGCGCGUACCGAAUCCUCCGAUGCGGACAUGGUCCGCGGGGAACCUCGACAUUCCGAUGCGCCCUACGGACCCAUCCACGGGACCGCUUGGGCGUCAGGACUCGAUCCUCCGUGUUGACAAGCGUCGAUCUGUGUCAGGCCUCAUGCGGCGUGACUCGGCUGGGGGUGAAAGUCUGGCGAGCGUAGCGACAUCUAGAGACGGCGGACCAAUCAUUACGAAAUGGGAGCAGCUGAACCUUGCUCCUGACCUGCUGCGAUCGCUCAAUACCUUUGGUGUUGGACCACCGAACAAGAUCCAGCAACGUGCUCUACCCUUCCUUCUCCGCGGUUCCGACAUCAUUGCUCAGGCUCCCCCCACACAGGAGAGAAUUGCGGCGUACGUAAUUCCGGCCAUUCAUAUCGCCUUGACGAACUGGAACCCUCGCACUGUCCUUCGCGGCCCGAUUGUCGUCAUGAUCUCGACGACAGUUGACCAAGCUACGCAAGCUCAACGUAUGAUUCGCGACCUCGGCGGUCCGAUCGGCAUCAAGUCAGCAUUGGGCGUCGGGGCUACGGGUGCCGGUACUGACCUCAGUCAGGAGCUCCGUAUCCUGCAGCAGAACAUGCCUCAUAUCAUCUGCGGCACGCCCCAGAAACUCCAUGCUCUCUUCACGAGUCCUGGAGGAUUGUCUGGGUCGGAGGUCCGCUUCCUGGUGCUCGAUGAAGUCGAUCAGCUCAUAGCGCGCAAUCUCCAUGAGUUCGUUUUCAACAUCAUCAAGCAACUACCCCCUCCGCGUUCUCGUGCUCUUACGGGCGGCCCUGGUACGCCGGCUACCACUCCUAGCUCCGGGACCCAAACGGCGUUUGCGGCGUUCGAAUCCGGUGGUGGUUCGUCGCUGUCUGCCAACUUCCCUAACUCGAACAGACGGCUGUCUGCCAUUGGGAUGCGCUCAUCACCACCGAUCGAGCUGAAUGGAAGUCUGGGAGCGGGGAUAGAGCGGCAGACGGCGCUAUUCUCAAACACCGUGCCCCAAGACGUCCUCAAUCUGGCGUCGGCCAUUCAACUGCGGGAACCUGUCAGAGUGCUUGUACGCCGCGACGGCAACGUCACUCACGCUGACACUAGUCAGGGUGCGCGGGGCUUGAGGCAGUUCUACUUGUAUCUUGCGUUCACUGCCAGUGGUCGUUCUGAUGCCCCUCUACCGGCCGGUGGUCUGGGCAUCAUUGGUUCCGGUCGGGGUGCCACGAGCGCCGAGACCGCACAAGCUAGGGAAUGGAAGCUGGACGCGCUGACAGAUUUGUUCGAUGAUCUGGAGAUCCCUCAGGCCAUCGUUCAUGUCGGUGGUAUGACCGCAUUGGACGCAGUUGUCUACAAGCUGGCAAGCAGGGGUCUGGAGGCAGUCCCUCUCCAUGGCGACAUGAAUGCUGGAGCCAAACUAGCCGCCUUGAACAAAUUUCGGAGCCCGCCCACCGGACUCAUGCGGCAGCCUACCACGAAGGUUCUGGUCGUGUACGACGUGCAGGUCAAAACGCCUGAAGUCUCGCAGAUCCCUCUCAUCAUUAACUAUGACUUGCCAAAAGCUGUUGAAGAAUACGCACAUCGUGUUGCACCCGCUAUUGCACCUAGCUACUCUCGCGCAGGCGUUGUCGUAAACUUCGUCACUGCUACAGGGGGCGAUGUAGAAAUGCUGCGCUCCAUAGAGUGCUUCUACAAGAUUAAAUGCGUAAGUAUCUCUUAG